UGCUCGCCCCAGCGCGCAGGGGGAAGUGGAGCAGGGGCUGCGAUUCCAGCGUCCAUGGCGGGGCCGGGCUCCAAGCCUGGCGAGCUCAGCGACUCCGAGCUGCUGCGGCUGCUGAAGGAGGCGGGGGACGACACGCUGCAGCCGGGAAACUCUGGAAAGCCAAACUCCUCAAGCGACCUGCCUCUGGAAUCCAGGAGGGUGAAAAGAAAGAGAGCACAGACUCCCCUGGAAAAAUAUGACCUGAACUACCUUUGCGUGACUGAUUUGUCCACUCAGAGUUGGUGUGAACAACAAAUGGUUUAUGGGAGGUAGCUCCCUCAGCUGCAGGCACCAGAGACAGUCAUGUUAUUAAACACAGGGAAGAGCAUACAUCUAGCAAGAGAACUAGAAGUUCAUGAUGUAGUGAAAGUACCUAUGACCAGCAAGGAAGAUUCAUGGGCAAUAAAAAUACUGAAUCUUCUUUCUGUGAUUCCAGUUCUACAAGCAGAUCUGUUUGUAUAAAUACAUUUUUGAUGCCAUGGUGCAAGGACAACUGAAACCAGAUGUUAUCACAAGUCACAUCCAUCUGAGGCCGGAGCAGCCACUGGGAUCGCACAUUAAGGAACACGCUCAGAAAAUAGGAU